UCAUGGCAAUGGUAGCGCGUGGUUUGCUCUACCGCCGGUGAGAAUUCGAGAUUGUGUCCUUUCAGUUUGACAGAUUACCCUAAAUCUCCUCAGAUCUUUCGGAAGGAAGGCUCUUUUGCACAAAUUUAAGAGCUUUCUUUAGGUAGAAACGUGUCUGAAUCCUAGAUUUCAACCUAUCGACAACAGCUAGACUUUUCAAUUCCAUGUCUCAUCAAGGAGCCGCACUUCAAAACUACAAUAACGAACUUGUAAAAUGCUUUGAAGAACUUUGUAAAAGACGAGAAGAUUUACAACGACAAAUUCAACAAGAUGAAACUGAACGUGCUAAACUUCAAAGAGAAAUAAACAUUCUUAAUGAAAAGCUUAGUCGAGUAAAUGAAUCGUUAGAGAAAAAACUUUCGGCACGAAAUGAAUAUGAUAGAACAAUUACAGAGUCUGAAGCAGCUUAUAUGAAGAUCCUAGAGAGUUCUCAAACUCUUUUAACUGUUCUAAAAAGAGAAGGUCAAAAUAUUGUCCAAAAGGCAACUGCUGCGAAAAAUGUUCCAUUUUAAUUUUAUCCAGUCAUGGGAAUUUGCAAUAUUCUUAGUUAUUUGUAAAUAAUGUUUUUGUUUUUUUUACUAAUGAAGCUCCUUAUAAUGAAUUUUGUUACCGGUCAAUAUAUAUAAUAUGCAAACAAACAUCUUCAAUAAAAUUUUUUUAAUAUGAAUUGUAGUUACUCUAUGAGAAUAAUUUUCGACACAUUCGUUUUAUCAACUAAAAUGAAUUGUGUAUUAUUUAUCUGUCAGAGAAUGUCAUUCGAAA